GGCAGGUCUGAGGUGCUGGAGCUCUGGAGGGGGGCCACCGCUGUGCAAAGCCCCAAGGAAACGCCCUUGGCUCUGGGUAGGAUUACCCCAGAGCAGCCCCUGGAAGAUUCCACUUCCACUAGCAGGACUACCGGGCUUUCACCUGGUGGAGAUUGAGGUCUGUCUAAGGGGGUUGGCUACAGUGGCUGGAGGAGUUAAAGCUGCCUGGAGCAGACUGGACACGGAGCCUCCAGUGGACUCUCUGGGCUGGGGAGAGUUUUUUGGUGAUCCUGUGGGUGGGUCCUGUAGGGAGGACAGGAGACAGGCUUGGGCCUGCAGGAAGACAGGCUGGACUGAAAGAGCUGCGCUCGGCAGAUGACAUGGGGAGGAUGAGCACUUCUGAGAUCCUCUUAAUUUCUGUCAGCCACAACAUUACCCUGGUUGGGAAGGUGUGGCUGAUCCUGAUGGUGCUGCUGAGGGUCGGGGUCCUGCUGCUAGCCGGCUACCCUCUCUACCAGGACGAGCAGGAGCGCUUUGUGUGCAACACCAUCCAACCCGGCUGUGCCAACGUGUGUUACGACCUCUUCGCUCCCGUCUCGCUCUUCCGCUUCUGGCUGGUCCAGUUGACCGCUCUCUGCCUUCCCUAUGUCACUUUCAUCAUCUACGUGGUGCAUAAGGUUUCGUCAGGCCUCGAUCUCGACACCUCGGACCCACCCGGCUCUGGACCUCUGUACAAGAUCCGCCAGGAGUCUUUCAGGAAGAAAAUCUUGAGGAACGCGGUUCCUCUGAAGGCGGACCAGCGCUUCAACGGAGUCUACAUCCUCCAGCUUCUCUUCAGGAUCUUGCUGGAGGCUGGCUUCGGGGCGGCUCAUUACUAUCUGUUUGGGUUCUACAUCCCCCGCAGGUUCCUGUGCCAGCAGAACCCCUGCACCACGCAGGUGGACUGCUACAUCUCCCGGCCCACCGAGAAGACGGUCAUGCUCAACUUCAUGCUGGGGACGGCGGCUCUGUCGCUGCUUCUCAACGUGGUCGAUCUAUUCUGCGCCAUCAAACGAUCCCUCAGGCAGAGGUGCCGGAGGAAGAUGCUGGUGGAGAAUCUGUACGAGGAGGAGCACUACUUCCUGUCGCCAGCAGGGGGCACAGGGGUGGAUGCCACCCUACCACUAUCCCAGGAUCAGGGAGAGCCUGGCGGAAGCUUCCGGAAAAGACCGGCCAGUAAGUGCUCCAGCACGGUCGGUGGGGGUUCAGUGGGAGCCCGUUUGGAUCUCCCUUUACCCCCUCAUGGCACUCUGUCCCCUGGACCGACAAGCUCCACCCCCCUAGGUACCAGUGACUUCCCCCCUCCCCUGGAGGAGGGGCCUGAGGCAGGGGGGAGCGAGGUGGCGCUCUGUCCUCCUCCGCCCACGAGAUCGCCACUCCUCAUACGGGUCAGUAAACGCGGUCGCCUCAAGCCGCCUCCGCCGCCCAGACGAGACCUAGCUCCACCCCCGGGGCCAGGACCCCUGGACGCCUCCGCGGCGGUGCGCACCCGGAGGAUGGGUCAGUACACGCUGGUGGAGCUGAUGAGCGGGGGGGAGCUAGGGCCGAGCGAGGAGGGGCAGGAUAAGAGGUCUGAGUGGGUGUGACUCUGAGAGCUGGAGCUGGUUUCGUUUCCCGAGGAGGACUGAGGAAUGUCACGUGAGACCAGGGAGACCGCACUCCUCAGGGUUGUGAGAAGAUCAUACAUGGGCUACAAACAUGGGAUGCCUUCCCAGUAUCACCCCUCCCAGUUCAUUCUUACGCGAAGGCAACAAACCAAAGGGUUCAAAUUCUGCAUUUUGUUCACUUCUGCCAACUACACUCUCAAAACAACGCACAGUGAACAUCACAAAAGAGACUGAAUGACUUUGGUUUCUCAACAGAGGAGCACUAAAGUGUAGGACACACAACGGCGUCCUUGAGUCAAGCCCAACCUUGGGUGGAUCUAUAACUGUGUAACCACCUGUUGCUAAUGUUAGUGAGUCAGGGUUAGCUAAAGCUGUCAGUGAACAGAGACAUACCUUGACCUGUCCUGCUCUCUCUGGUCACCUGCCUGGGGCACUGACACUACUCCUGAACUCCCAGGCACAGGGGUCAGAGCGGAAGUGUCAAUAUUUGGUUGUAAUGAGUGGUGUAAAAAGUCAUUAGUGGACAAUAAUAAAUUGUGAUUGCAGGGUAAGACUAAGUUGGAGCAUUGAAUUAACGAGAUAAAGUUACACAAAGGCUUGGACAGACUCCCAGAAACGUGCCAACCAGCCAGCCAACCAACCAGUUCCCAGUAAGGUGUUCCUCCAGAUCACCAUGUCAAGGAGGAAUGAAGACUUUCCUUCAGAAGUGAAGGACACAGCAGCUUUCCAAACCUGGGGGCUCACAAAGCAAUUACAGCCCCCGAUAGGGCUCUGUAUUUAUGGUGAUGGCUUGUCACUCUAUUUCAGGGACUCCAAAGGCUUUGGAGUUUGGGCUUCAGAGACACACUGGACACUGAAAAUAGAGGGCUGUGCUCCAGUGAAACAAGACACUGGUAUCUUACAGCCCAGUCGGUCUGCCCUUCAGGUUGCGGGAUGUCACUCACUGUGGCUUGGAAAAUAGUAGCCCACGAGUAACCAGUGUCUGGCGCGCUGACUGGAUCUGUCUCGUGUCAAAAAUUGUGAAAAGCAUUCGAUGUCUUUGACACGUUAUAACAUCUGUCAUGGCACCACACUAAAGUUUUUAUUUAAAAAAAUUCAUCCAUUUGAUGGAGUACCCUUGGGCGUGACUGACAUUUUCGUAUAACUCCUCUGUAUUAAUGUCCUUUCAUUGCCAGACAGACUUAUUGCCCCUGAUAUAGGAGACAUGACAUGUGCUAUUUCAUCCAGUGAACCGUCGGUUGAGCAGAUCUCAUAUGAGCUUUGUUCCUAGGUUACUGGCAUCCCAUUCAGUGUCUCCUGUAUCUUGAGUGUUGUGGUGUCAUGACUAAAACCAGUGAUGGAGGUUUAUAUUACGUAGCAGAGUCCAAGAUGAAUCUGAGUCUCACAGACUGUGGUCGAGUUUGACGUUGCCAGGGGGAAGACCGGGUGUAAGGGGAUCGCUCUUCUUCUGUCUGUUUAGUCGUUCUCUGUUCUCGAUCCUCUUAAGGGCUCUUUGAAGACGACAACAAAAGCAGAGUCUGAUUUGUUGUAAUGUGAGUGACCAGUCUGAGCCUCUGUCUCUCUCCCCCUGGUCGCUGUUGUUCUAGGAUGGGGGAGAACUGAACUGCUGUGGACUGAACUGGUAGAAACACUAUAUGUGACCGCACCUUUUAAGACGCGGAUAACAAACGUUGCGGGUAGGCUACCUUUGUUUCACGGAUAUGGCAAUGUUCUAUAUGUCUUAUUUACUUUACUAUGACUUUGAGAGUAUUUUGUUUUUGGAUGAUUUUAAAUGUGAAGAUGAUUUGACCAUGGCUACUAAAGUAUUAAAAGUAUUAACCAAAUUAGAAAAUAUCUGAGUAGCUUAUAUUAGUGUAUGUUAUAUCCCCCCGUGUCAAUGAAAUGCAUUGAUUUGGUCAACUGAUGGAGUGUUUGAGAUUUUCGAAAUAUAACACACUGCCCUCCAGUGGUACAAACUGGAAUGUAAAGUUUCAACUGAAUGUCAGUCAGCUUUUAUA